AUGUCCGGCUCCAUAAUCAACGACUCCAAAGAGACCUAUCUCAAAACUGACGAUAACCAGGUUGGAGAAGUUGAAAAUAUUGGCGAGCCGCCGGUUGUUCUUGAAAGACGGUUCAAUCUUCUCUCAGCAAUCGCAACUGGUAUUGUCACUGGUAACACAUGGACAGCAUUAGGAGGAGCUAUUGUGGCCUCUUUGUACAACGGUGGUCCUCCUGGUAUCAUAUAUGAGUUUAUUGCCGUGUCGAUUUUUUACUGGUUGAUAGCAGCUUCAAUUGCCGAAUUGGCUUCGGCAAUUCCUGCUUCUGGAGGUGUCUAUCACUGGGCCGCUGCUACAGCAGGGAAGAAAUACGGUAUAGCUUGUUCUUGGUUUGCUGGGUGGCUCAAUUUCUUUGCUUGGACAUUUGGUAUAUCUGCCAAUUGUUCCAUCAUUGGCCAGAUAAUUGUCUAUAGCUACCAGAUGUUCCACCCAAAUGUUGAAAGUCAAAGAUGGCAGGUUUUCAUUGUCUAUCUCAUCAUUUGCUGGACCUGUUGCAGCAUCGUGAUGUUUGCUACUUGGGCACUUCCUACUAUCAACAGAAUGGGAGGAUUUCUCAUUCUUGGCGGGUGGUUUGUGACUGUCUUGGUUUGUGCUAUCAUGCCCAGUCAGAACGGUUCUGGCUACGCAUCCAACAACUUUGUGUGGUCGGAGUGGCAGAACGAUACUGGUUAUUCCAGCAAUGGUUUUGUGUUUUUGGCAGGCAUGUUAAAUGGAGCUCUUGCUGUGGGAACACCAGAUUGCGUUACUCAUAUGGCAGAGGAGAUUCCAGACGCAGGCAAAAACCUUCCUAAAGUAUUGUUCUGGCAAGUUCUUGUGGGGUUUAUCACUGCUAUCUGCUACAUGAUUUCCAUGUUUUACUCCAUCAAUAAUCUCAACGUCAUCUUCACCGCAGACUCGUUGUGUCCUCUUGGAGAUAUCUAUCUUCAGUCAACAGGUAGCAGAGGCGGAGCAUUGGGCUUGUUAAUUGUAAUUGCCAUGCCCAUUUUCUGCGCAACUGUUGGCUGCUAUAUUACUGCUGGACGUACUCUUUAUGUGUUGGCGAGAGACAAUGCUGCUCCAUUUCCGUCGUUUAUUGGAGCAGUCAACCCCAGGUUCAAGAGUCCUCUCUGGGCUACUUUUGCUUGUGGCUGUAUUUCUACUUGUAUGGGUGCCGUCUACGUCGGUUCGCUUGCUGCUUUUAACGCAUUUGUUGGAUCUUUUGUUCUUUUGACUACAGCGUCGUUUCUCUUGGCUAUUGGUCCCCAUUUGCUCAAUAAGCGAAAGGCAAUUACUCCUGGGUGGUUCUGGCUUGGAAAGUAUGGCUAUGUUAUUAACAUCAUAUCAUGCUUGUACAUUGUGGCAUUCUUUGUCAUCUACUGCUUUCCUUACGCUUUGCCUACUUCCGCUCAGGAAAUGAAUUACACGAGUGUCAUUACCUGUGGAUUGGCCUUAUUGGUUUCCAUUUGGUGGUUUGUUCAUGGUAGAACCAAUUUCAAAGGACCCACCUUCGUUAACGUAGACGAGACAGAUCUUUCUCCGUAUUACCUGAAAACAGGUACAGUUGUCAGUAUAUGA